AUAUGAUGUGACAAAUAUUUCAGCAUGUGCACUUCCAGCAGCCAGUGCACAGUCUUUUGAACGAGGCUUGCAGAGCUGCAGUUAUUUGCUGAAGUGUGCGUGGCCAGUUUCUGGAAGCUUUGACACCUCCACGUGGUCUCCUCCCCUCUCCUGGGGCUCCCUUCCCCCCCGUCUCAGCACACAUUAAAACAACAUGCACUGUGUGUGUGUGGCUCCAUCGGGACGGCAGAGGUUAAAGACGUGCGAGCUUUAGCCACUCCCUUAGCCAACCAAGAUUUUCUUUUUUUAUCCCUUUAUCUCCUCCUCCUCUAGUUUCCCUUGUUCUCUCUCACCCUCGUGCUCACUCGCUCGUUCUGGCUUUUGUGUGAGCGGGUGUAUGUGUGUGCAGCACUGUCCAGGAAAAAAAGAAUGUGUGUGUGAGACACAGAAAGACAGACACAACCGGCAAAGAAAGACUGCAAGGAGUCAGACAGACCAGAAAGGAGGAUACGAGGAGAAGCGUAGAAGCAGACGUGCAGCAGUGAAGAUUGCAGACGUACGCACGAGUGGAGAAUGGAAGACAACACAACAGGUUUAGCUCCAGUGUGCAACUCGGCAGCCACGCUGAACCACCACUGCACCGAUGACAGUAUUUCUGCAGCGAGCACGUCAGAUGUGCAGGAUCGCCUGUCGUCUCUUGAGCUGCGGGUGCAGCAGCAGGACGAUGAGCUGAUGGUGAUGAAGGCUGCGCUGGCAGACGUGCUCAGACGUCUGGCUCAGUCGGAGGACUCCGCCGCCGCUGCCAAAAAACAGCAAAGCAGCAAAGGUCAGACCCCGCUGCGUGAGGCCUAUUCAAUGUCCUGUAUUGCCAAUGGCAGUUCCAGUGGCCGCAAAUCUCACAAAGAUAGUUCCACAGUGUCUAUAGCCAAGAAAGAGACACUCUCCUCUGCCGCUAAGAGUGGUGGCGAGCGUAAAAAAGACAAGCCUCAGAUGGAGGGAAUCAGGGAGAAAGAGGAGGCUCCACAAGCUAACGAUAACACCCCCUCAGCACCCAGCACCCCUCAGGCACCGUCCCCUUCCAGCAACCCCCCCUCCCCUCAUCCCCCACAGCCUCAAAGACAGCUCUCGGAGAACAAGGGGUCAACCCUGGCCAAAAGGGGUAGCAGUGCGAAGCGUGGAGGAAUGGAGCGUUCUCAGAGUAGCACAUGGGACAGCGGAGAGGAGAACAGGAAUAAGCUGGUGAAAGCAGCCUCCACCUCCAAACUGCUGUCCAAAGUGGUGAAGAAUGCAGAGAAACACAGAGAUCCAGUCAUCAGCCAAGCUAAAAUGUCAACCCGUGAAAAAAACAGUCAAGGUAAGGUAUAAUAUGUUGGAGUGUUUAUUAGAGUGUUAAUCAUCACAAUGUUUAUCCCAUCGGAUGUGGAGAAUUACGACGAUGUCCGCACCGAACUUCCCCCAGAGAGACUCAAACUGGAUUGGGUAUAUGGCUACAGGGGACGUGACUGCCGUGCAAAUGUGUACCUGCUACCUACCGGGGAGAUUGUGUAUUUCAUCGCCUCGGUGGUUGUGCUCUUCAACUACGAGGAGAGGACACAGCGGCACUAUUUAGGACACACUGACUGUGUCAAAUGUCUUGCUGUUCAUCCAGAUAAGAUCCGUAUCGCCACAGGACAGAUAGCAGGCGUGGAUAAGGAUGGCAGGCCGCUUCAGCCUCACGUGAGAGUUUGGGACUCGGUCAGUCUGUCCACGCUGCAGAUCAUCGGCCUUGGCACCUUUGAGAGAGGAGUUGGAUCCCUCGCUUUUUCUAAAGCCGACUCAGGCAUUCAUCUCAGUGUGAUUGAUGACUCUAAUGAGCACAUGCUCACUGUGUGGGACUGGCAGAAGAAAUCAAAAAUCGCUGAGAUUAAGACAACCAAUGAAGUGGUCUUAGCAGUGGAGUUUCACCCGACUGACGCCAACACCAUUGUUACUUGUGGGAAAUCCCAUAUUUUCUUCUGGACCUGGAGCGGUUCCUCACUCGCCCGCAAACAAGGCAUCUUUGGCAAAUAUGAGAAGCCCAAAUUUGUACAGUGUUUGGCCUUCCUCAAUAAUGGAGACAUCCUGACUGGAGACUCAGGAGGAAUCAUGCUGAUAUGGACCCGCAGCACCGCUGAACCAGCACCAGGGAAAGGGCCGAAAGGAGCGUUUCAGAUCAUGCGUCAGAUCAAGGCUCACGACGGCAGCGUCUUCACUCUGUGUCAGAUGAGGAACGGCACUCUGCUUACAGGGGGCGGCAAAGACCACAAGAUCAUUCUGUGGGACCACGACCUGAAUCCAGAGAGAGACAUCGAGGUCCCAGAUCAGUAUGGCACUAUUCGUGCAGUAGCCGAGGGUAAGGGGGAGCAGUUUCUAGUGGGCACCUCACGCAACUUCAUUUUGAGAGGCACCUUCAACGAUGGAUUCCAGGUGGAAGUGCAGGGACACACGGAUGAGCUGUGGGGUCUGGCCGCCCACCCGUUCAAGGACCUGUUCCUCACCUGUGCUCAGGACAGACAGGUGUGUCUGUGGAACUCAGUGGACCACACACUGGAAUGGACCAGACUGCUGGACGAGCACGGGCACUGCGCAGAUUUCCAUCCUAGCGGUUUGGUUGUUGCCAUUGGUACUCACUCAGGGAAGUGGUACGCUCUGGACGCAGAGACGCGAGACCUGGUGGCCAUUCACACAGAUGGCAAUGAGCAGCUGUCAUUAAUGCGCUACUCUGUCGAUGGCACGCUGCUGGCAGUGGGAUCACAUGAUAACUUCAUUUACCUCUACACGGUGUCGGAUAAAGGGCGCAAGUACAGCAGAUAUGGGAAAUGCACUGGACAUUCCAGCUACAUUACACAUCUUGACUGGUCCCCCGACAACAAGUUCAUCAUGUCCAACUCAGGAGACUACGAAAUCCUUUACUGGGACAUUCCAAACGGUUGUAAGUUGAUUCGUAACCGUUCUGAGUGCAAGGACAUCGACUGGGCCACAUAUACCUGCGUGCUAGGAUUCCACGUCUUUGGUGUCUGGCCGGAAGGUUCAGAUGGGACAGAUAUCAAUGCCCUUGUGCGUUCUCACAACAGGAAGGUGAUAGCUCUGGCUGAUGACUUCUGUAAAGUGCACCUUUUCCAGUACCCCUGCUCAAGACCGAAGGCCCCAAGCCACAAGUACAGUGCCCAUAGCAGUCACGUGACAAACGUGAGCUUCAUGCACAGUGACAGUCAUCUGAUUUCAACGGGCGGCAAGGACAUGAGCAUCAUGCAGUGGCGUCUGGUGGAGAAGACCUCAUCCUUGGUGCACAGUGACUCCAGCCUGGGUCUGGGCGAUUCCCUGCUGCACAACUCCACUCCUCGCACCCUGGCGUCGGUACCCAGCGUUCCCCACACUCCUACUGAGCCCAUGCCGGUGCCAGCCUCGCUACCCAUCAGCACCCAACCCAACACUCCCCCUCCCACUCCAACCGAACCCCUGCACACGGUUACUCCUAAUGGACAGCAGGAUGGCUCCCCUGAAACCCCACCCCCUUCGGAUGAGGCCAUGUCCACAUCCGACAGCACCGUGAGCCCCAAGGACAGCCUAGAGCCUAGCGACGAUACAGCCACACCCAGUGAUGAGGGCAUGACCUUUAACCCACCCUUAUAAGGCAGUCCGACCCCUUCUCUGGCCUGCUCGAUAGCCCCCCCAAAGGCACCAGCAUGUCACUGCAGCCUCCCUGUCGGAUUACAAAAGCAGGGUCUCCUCAGUUUUUAUCCUUUCAAGAUUUUCUUUUCAUUUUGUGUCUUAGUUUGUUGUUAUGUUGACAUUCAGUAGAUGUGGUUGUGGAGGCAUUGGUUUGGGUUGGAAGGUUGGAGGUUUGGAAUGUGUAGUUAAAAACCUUUGGAAAGAUUUAGUACACCUACAAGUUUACACUGACACACACACACACACACACACACACACACUACCACACAAACACUAAUACACACAUGCAUAGACACAUCAAUAACUGUGAUACAUUAAAAAAAUAGAAGAAAACAAAUGAUUUACCAGUGCUAGAUACAAAGUGCACAUUCAUGUAAACAGAUAAACAGACAAAUACAACAUAAAAUGGACACAUGCUUUCAAUUUAUUGGCAUUUGCAUAUACAUCAAUACACUUACUGCUUAAGGAUCAGUAACUAAGGAUAAAUUAAGUUGAAUUACUAAGCUUCUCCUCACUUUCCUCACCCCCAAAAAAUUUACUUUCUGUAUUUAUUUACCCAUCUUCGUUGUUCCAGACGUGUAUGACUGACUUUCUUCUGUGGAACACAGAUGUUUUGUAAAUGUUUUAAGGAUCUUUUGAAGAUCUCUCGAAAAUCUUUCAAAGAUCUUUUGAAGAUGUUUUGAGGAUCUUUCGACUGUUUGUCCAGACAAUGGAAGUCAGUUGGGUCCAAAUCAACAUUAGACCACUUUGACUUUCAUUCUUCAAAAUAUCUUUUUAUUUGUUUGUGCAAAAGGCAAGUCAUAUAGGCUUGGAACAACAUGAAGUUGAGUAAAUUAUGUUCAUUUUUUGGGUAAACUGUCCCUUUAAAUGAGUAAACCUCUUGCUCUCUGUGAAUAUUGGUGGAGGGCUGCAUGUAAAGCUGAUUUGCAUGCUUGCAUAGCAUCUGUCCCUGAGCCAAAACUGCAGCACAUAUAUAUCUGGUGACGCCAGGCAGGUGCCCCUGGCAUAUUAGUCGGACUCAAGGACUUCAACAAUUCAAGCUGCUUCUGCCGGUCGCCAUGGUCAUGGACACCUUGAAUUUCAACUCGGCACAAUUAUUGCCGAUUUACAGAAUAAUAGCCAUAAACAGCAGAACACUUAAUUCAGCACAAACACAAGUAACACACACAAUUCUGACCUGCCUCAAAAUGGGGUUUGCAUGGCGAUAGCCCAGCUAUUUUAUAAAAAUCCGCCUGUCUAAAGAUGCCGUAUGACCAUCACAUCUCCCUCGGUUUCCUCUGUUGGACUGGAGAACCUCAUCUGUACUCAUACCAUCCAUUUUAACCUUGCAUCCAAAUGACUCUCUUCUCACUGAGACUGAAUUGUUUUUAGGUUUCAUUUUGGGACAGUUUUUCUUGUCAUUUUGUUCAUUGGACUGAGAUGUUCUUGUUUUUUAUCAUAUGAGAGAACGAUAGAUUAAACGAGUCUUAAAUGUGCGUGAGUGUGUAUCUGCGCGCAAGUUGCCCCUUCUUUCAUUCCGCUGAAGGGUGUUCACCCUCCCCAUCUCUCCCUUACAUUUCUCAGGAUCACUCUUUUUGGAGAGAGUCCAAAAGAGAAAGAAAGUCAAAGGAUGAAAUGUUUUUCCCCACUCCUUUUUGUAAUGCUUACAAAAACAGUACCAGAAAGUACCAUGAUUAUACCAUGGUAUUAUUUGUACCUAUUAUUUGGCUAAUUUAGGUUAUUUGUGCUAUUUCUUGACAUUGCCAGGAUGGAAUAUCAUGGUAUUUGAAUAUGGUGUCCUAUUAUAUUUAUAUAUACAGUGAUGAGGUGGGAGUAAAAAUUAUGUUUCAAUGCUUUUGCAUUAUCUCUUAAAUGUAUUGUGUUCCUCUAAGAAAUUUAGCAUUUUCUUGCAAAAGUAGUGCAUUCCCCUGAGAAAUUUUGCACUCAUUCACAAAACAUUAGCUUUUUUCUCACAAAACUAUUAUGAUCCCCUGAGAAACUUUGUGAAACAUUUGUAUUCUUCUGUAAAAGUAUUGUGUUCUGCCGAGAAAGUUUGCAUUCAUUCACAAAACAAUUGUGUGUUCUUCCGAAAGAAAAUUAUACUGCAUUCCCCUGAGAAACUUUGUGUUUGCUCGUAAAAGCACUAAAAUAUAGCUUUUCUUCCCAUCUUAUAUUUCCAUCACAAAAGAUUUCUGAGAGAACACAAGGGAAUGCAAAAGCAUUGAAAUAUAAUUUGGUAUUACCAUAUGAUACCAUGGUACUUCCACAGUACGUUUUGUAAGAGGAUGCUCUCCCAAGCCUUUGUAUGUUUCCCUCAACAAGAGAUAUGGAUGAAAAAGAAGAUUAAACAGCAUUCGGAGGUGCCGAUAUCUUGAGUUGAAGUGAGUCUUUUCUCUGAAAUGAACCAAUAUCAGAGAAACGCAAGAGCACAGCUGCUGAGAGAGAUUCCCUCCAGUACUUCUUUAAGAAUGUGAACAUAAAUCAUCAAUAUUACACCAGAAGAGAUAUCAAAACAGCUCUCAAACCAGCUUUGGAGGCAACCUCUAGAUUUUAAAGCAUUGCAGAGUAUUAAAACACAUUUUAUGUGCAGUCUCUGUGCACAAAAGCUUGAAAAAGCAUGGUUUACAUGCUCAGAUUUAAGGAUGCAAUGCUGUAUUGAUGUAUGGAAUUGAAAAGCCUGGUUCAAAUACACAUUUACAGCAAUUUGGGUUUGAAUUUUUGAUUGUGAAAGAAUGACAAUCUUCUGUAAUGUGUAUAACACAAUACACAUCAGCAUUCAGAUGCUAGGUAUUUUACCCAACUGCCUCAAAUUCAUAUGUUUGAUCCAGUUGUUUUAGGUUAUUUUUAAGUGCAUAAAAUGGAUGUAAUAGUGGACUAGGUGGCUUUAGAAAUGUUUAGAUAGAUUUAGGUAGAUGAAAUGAUAACUGAUUGUUUUCUGGGUGUUGGUGUUUUUAUGCAAUGUUGCGCUGUAGACAGUGAUGAGUUGAAUGCCCCUCAGCUGGUCUGCAGUUUCUUUUUAUAACUUUUUAUGAAUGCUUUAUGGACUAUUCCUAUUUUUAAGCAAGAUGGAAGGUUUUCACUGAGAUUGCCUUAGUUAGGUUUUCCAUGGACUACCAUGCUUGAUGUUUUUGUCUUGUCCUAUACGGUGGGAAGUAGGGUGGGGUGGGGGUGGGGAUAUUGCAUCUAACUGAAUGGCAUUCAGACAUUUUUAAGUGUGUCUUGAGUAUCAGAAUACUUUUUGAGGCCACUAUCUAGGCUCUCCUGAACAUCUGGCCUCUUAAAACGUCAGGACACCAUUGAUAUCAAAAGGGCAACUCUCAGAAUCUUUACACAAAUUGCAAACGAGGAUGUUGAUCUUUCACAGACCUUUAUUGUUGCAUUCAGGGCUGGCUUUAUUGUGUAUAUAUUGGUGUACCUGUAUGUAUAUAACUUUUGUGGGUUGGUAGGUUCUCUGAAAGGGCAAUGUUUCCAUGUUUGUUUUCAUCCACGAAAAAGCUGGGAGACUGUUCUCCUGCAGAUGCAGGUAUCGUGGCCUUGUGGCAUGAGUUCAGAUUUAAGGAUUUGUUGCACUGUGGCUGGUGGUUCUCUACCUGGAUAUUUCUCAGUUUGGAGAGUCCAGGGCUUUUCUAUAGACCUGUCACUUCCAAGAACAUACUUGUUAAUCUGAAACCUGUUAGCCAAAUGAAGCGUUGCAUACAGAACUGUUUUUUGAAUGUCACAGAUUAUUUGCCUUUGUAUUUUGAUAUUGAAAAGAAUGGUGAGUGUGUUGGUAGUAGUAAUGGUGAAGCGUUUGGGUAUUUUAAGAGAGUAUUUGAAACUGCGCAGAAGCGGUUGAUAUCAAUGUAUUGGUGUUCACCAUUGAGGAGACUGCUGUUUGUGUUUUUAUAUCUGCUAAUAUCCAAGAGCUAAUUUCCAAAACAUACACAGGGAAAGAGAGAGAGGGAAUGGAAAAGUCCAGUUGGUGAUUUUAUCUACAGUUGGAGGAAAUGCUGGGCUUGAGUACAGCUCUGGACUUCCAAAUGCUUUGCUGUUUGCAGGGUGUCUGACUAUAUCUUCAUCGAAUAAAGGUGCGGAGAUAAAGCUAAGCUUUUCUGAUAAACAGAAUGACAGUUAUGAAAACCACAAUGAUGAUCUGCAAAUGAUUCAAUGUUAACAAAAUAUGAACAUUUUGCGAAGCUUCUUUUGUUUUUUCUUUUUCUUGUGACAAAGUUUGAGCCAAUCUGUCUCUUAUGCAUUCCUGCCAAUGGGCAGAAAAUACUGAAGAAUUUAGAAAAUAAAGAAACAUUUUUAAAAACA